AUGGAAGCUUUAGAUAAUAAUAUAAGAACAUACUGUCUGAUUGAUUUCGGGCUCUCGCAUACAUUUAAGGAUUAAUAUGGAAACCAUCAUUCCAUGGAGACUACCUCCUCAAUCUUUGGUAACAAAAACUUUAUGUCAUUGAACCAUCAGGAGGGAUAUAAUCAAAGUCGCAGAGAUGAUUUAGAAUCAUUAUUUUACAAUCUACUCUACUUGUCAGAGGGUUAAUUUCCAUGGGUAACUUCAAAAAUUCUUGAUGGAUAGCUAACCAGAUCUGCUCUGUAUUAUAAGAGAAAUUACAACUAGGAGAAAAUUUUCAAAAGCAUGCCUUAGAGACUACUAGAGGUUUAGAAAGGAGAAAGCAUAAUGAUUGCAUCUCAUAAUAAUAAACACAUCGUAACUAGAGACAACUUAAAUAACAUGGAAUCAUUUAGAAGCAAUGUUAGGUCAUUCGCAGCCCCUAACAAUAAUUAGGUAGUAGAAGAAAACUAGACACCCAUUUAUCCUAUUUUAAAUAAAGAAUCUAAAACAGUGAGAAUUAAUAAUACUAAAGGCAAGAACUCUAAUUUUUCUAUUAAUAAUUAUGAUAAUCUUCAAAUUGGGACUUCUCAGAUUGACGGAUUAAUAAUUGGAACAAACACUAAGCCAAAGAGUUUGUUUUUGAAAAAAAGAAGAGAUCAAACUCCUAAAAGGAAAGCACCUAAAAAGCAUGAUAGCUUCCUUUAAUACAUAUAAAAUUAGGAAUAGGAAUUAAAACAAAAUCUCAACUUAAAUAUCAGUAAUUAAGAAGUUGAAAAUGAAGAAAAGUAGCUUGAUCACGAGGAUAAGCUGACAGAAAUGGAUGAUUAGGAUUUCACCGAGUAAAGUUUGGAUCAAAAUAAUAUUAACCAAGCUACUCUAAUAGUUUAGUAAAUAUAGGAACACAGCUUCUGGUCUAGAUAGAUGGACUUGAAGUUAAUUAAAUGUUGA